GAAAUGGGAUGUCCUUUGGUCUUAUCCAGUUGAUGGAGAAGAGUCAAGUUGCCCAAGUUUCAUCUCGAGUUCAACACUUAUUACAACCCUUUUCUCCACAUUUAGAAGCUUCCUUUUCUGCCUGGAAGGACCCUUUUGAUCCUAUACACAAUACUAAUGGCUACAUCAACUUUGCAGUGGCGGAAAAUAAACUAAGUGUUGACCUUUUAUUGGAAAAACUAAAGCACUGUAGAGAUAUACCCGGUAGUGUGUUGGGUUAUGAUGAUAUGAGAGGAAGUGAACCCUUUCGAAAACAAAUUGCAAACUUGCUGGAAACUUACUUUUUCCAUCGUUCAGUGGACGCCGACGGCAUAUUCUGUUGUGCUGGAGCAGGUUGUGCUUUAGAUUUGCUGUUUAACUGUUUAUUGGAAGAAGGAGAUGGUGUAUUAUUACCUGCACCUUAUUAUCCAGGUUUUAUUCAUGAUAUUGAGGGUAGAGCUCGUUGUAAGCCAGUUAUUGUGGAGCCUACAGGAAAUCAUUUUCGUUUUCAACUUGCAGACCUCGACAAGAAACUAUCGGAAUGUCAUCAAUCAGGGCAACCGGUCAAAGCAUUGUUAUUAUGUAGUCCCAACAAUCCUUUGGGGUUUGUAUUUAGUCGAGAAGAGUUAGAAAACAUCGUCUCAUGGACCAGACAAAAUGGUUUGCAGUUGAUUGUAGACGAAAUAUAUGGUUUAUCUGUGUUCUCUAAAAGUAGCAAGAUGGUGAGCAUCGGUUCCGUUUUGGAACAUCUAGGAAACGAUGUGCAUUUUGUAUGGUCCUUUUCCAAAGACUUUUGUAUGUCGGGAUUACGAGCUGGAGUGAUAUACUCGGAAAAUAUGGAAAUUCGCAAUGCGUUGCGUUUUUUACCUUAUUUCUGUGGCGUGUCAGGAGAUACUCAAUUUGCAUUGACCAAGGUACUAUCCGACUCGGAAUUUGUGCAGUCUUUUAUUCGUGAGAAUACCAAUCGAUUGUAUGAAACAUAUAGAGUGCACUGUGAUUGUUUAGAUAAGAUGGGCAUUCCAUAUGUUCCUAGUGAAGCAGGUUUCUUUAUUUGGAUGGAUUGUAACAAAUAUAUGUCGUCUCGUACUUUUGAAAAUGAACGAGCAAUUUGGCAGUCAUUGUUUGAAAAAGCAAAAGUGGUUGUUACACCCGGUGAAGUUUGUCAAAGUACACAACCUGGAUGGUUUAGGUGUUGUUUUUCGGCAGCUUCACCAGAAGCAGCAAAAGUUGCUUGGAAUAGAGUGGAACAAGUCAUGUCCUCGCUUUCUGUUUCCAAGAAUGAUCCAGAGUCAACAAGAAUGUAAUAGAAAACAGAGAAUAGGUUGAUGGUGGAUGAAGCAAAUAGAGAGAGAGAAAAAGAGAGAGAGAGAAAAAUAAAAAUAAUAGAAUUGUGAUUCUCUUGGGUUGUACUCUUUUU